AUGAAGACCAUCAUUUUAGCUUUGGCACUUAUUGCAUUAGUUUCAUCAACAUAAUCUGAUGUCAUUGAUACAAUUAAAAAGAUAGACUAGUCCCCAUUCGGAAGAACAUUGUUCGAUACUAUCUGGUUAGAACUCUAAACAGGAGACCCAUUAGAUAGAUUAGUAUCAACAUUGACAGACUUGGAAGAUAGAUACGUAGCUGAAUAAAAAGAAGAUGAUGCUAAAAAUUAAGAGUACCAAGGUGCUUGCACAGUCGAUAUCACAGCAUUCGAUAAGGAUUUGGCUGAAUCAAACAGAAAGAAGAUUGAACUUGAAGCCAGAUUAGAAGGAUAAUUAUACCCAUAAAGAUCAAUCUUAGAAGGCUUAGUUGCUUAAAAGAAAGCUGAAGUCAAGGGAUACUAAAAGGAUUUGGACGAACUCGAUGCUUAAAGAGCUGAAGAACAUGAAGAUUUCGAAGAGAAAGUCUUAGAACACUAAGAAGCAACAGCAAUCAUUGCUGAAGCCAGAAGACUCUUUGCUGAUAACAUCGAACAUGAAUCUUUCGUUUAAAAAGGAAAAGCCGCAAAAUAACCACACAAAUUUACCAAGGAUGUCGCUAAUUUGAUCUAAAAACAUUUUACUACAUCUGCCAAGAAGACUGCUAAAUUUUAACACAGAAAGGGAUACAGCAAAUUAUUCAAAGCCUUCGCCACAAUUGCCUCAAAGGUUGAAUAAUUAGCUGAUGCUGGUGCCGUCUAAAAGAUCAUUGAUUUAGCUGAUGAAUUAUUGGCCAAAAUUUCUGACUCAUUAUCUUUAUUGAGAUUCGCUGAAGACAAGAGAGUAGAAUCCUAUAAGAAAUCAAGAAACUUCGUUGUCAUUGCUUUGAAUGUCGCUGGUUCAGCCCUUGCUAACGCUAUUUCUGAUUUAGCUGCUUUAAAUGACAUCAUCGCUCAAGUUGAAGCUUCACUUGAUACUACUGUUUAAAGAAUUGAAAACGUUUCUGCUGACAGACAUGACAGAUUUACUCAAUGUGAAGAGGCAGUUUAAGAUUACUCAGAUGCCAGAUCUGCAAGAUAAUCAGACAGAGAUGUAGUUUCAUAAACAAUCGGAUUAGUCAAUAAAGAAUUGAGAACCUUGAGAGAGUAAUUGGCCUUAAGACAAUAAGCCGGAGAAUAAAUUUGAUAUUUAUGAUGUAUACAAAAUUA